GCUGGGUUCUGCAAUGCUUGAUCACUGCGAGAUCACCAUCUCCAGCAUUUUCAGCAAAUACCCUGCAGUGUUUAAAAUCGGGGUGACGCAGAACCCAGCACGUGUGGGUGAACGCUCGAUCUUUCCUGCUAUGACUCACCAACCUGCCCCGUUGGAAAGCCGAGUGUGGUCUUCAGAGACGCUAAAUGCUGCCCUGACCUCUGUGGAUUUCCAGCAGUGCAAAACGGAGGAGUUGGAAAAGGAGAUUCAGGAUCUCCGCAGGCAGAUUGAUGCUGUUGAGGGCAGCAGCAAGCGGGCGCAGCUGUGCACCCCCUCGAGUGCUUCCAAGGAGAGCCCUUUGGAGCCCAAGGAGAAGAAGCGACACGUAGUGGGUGCAGCUUCUGAGGAAGAUGAUGGCAAGCUGCGUUGCGACAUUCUAGCAAAGCUGAAGGAACAGCUCGGCAGCCCCUCUCCUCAGAAGACUGUUGAAAGUGAUCAGGAAAGGUUCGUCACGCCGUUGAAGUUGGCAAUGGUCGGUGAGGCUCUGAUGAAUGACCCGUAUGUCAUUCCGGCCCGUGUUGGGUCACCCUAUCUCGCCUCGCCGAUGUCGCCGGCGUCCUUGGAUUUGAAGCUGGCCCUGAUGCAGCAAAUGGGUGAGAUGGAAAGUCCAGCCAAGGGCAAGGGCGCGGGUGACGCGAAGGCAGAGGUGCUUGCGUUGGCACUCAAGGACCUCCAGGAGAAGUACCACGCCAAGGAGAAGGAGCUGAAAGGGCUCAAGGAACUCAAAGCGGCUAAGGCGGCCAAGCUUCAGGAGUCUGGCGGGUCCGCCCUGGCCGGCGACACCGGGCUUGCGGAUUCGCGGGAGGAUGAGCCUUGCGAACAAGAGGGCUUACCGGCGGCACGCCAGUCCUUGCGGCGUUUGUGCACGGCCCGUGCCAAUGGAAGCUUGUUGGUCCCACAGGACACAUACACAAAGUUCUGGAACGGUGGGAGUGACAGAAAGAAGCUGUUGACCCUCUUCGUUGCCCACGGCUGUGAUAGAGACCGUUUCAUCAAAGAGGUGAAGGUCCUUAGCGAGAAGGAAAAGAAAAUGCAGCUCGAGGUCGGGGGCGACUAUUUCAGCGAAGAGGACCUUCGCGACCUCAAGAAGCUGUCUGAGCAGCGCAUCAAAGAGAUCAAGGAUUUUGCCGAGAAAAAUCCUGCCUUCAAAAGGGCCGACACUUACAACAAGAAGAAGAUGAAGUUCUGGUAUGAGGACACCUGCCGGGCGACUAUGACGGCCUCGCAAUUGAUGAGACAGUCUGAGGAGAUUUCCUUUGACCAGGAGGUUCCGCAGGAUGAGUUCGGAAAUAUCGGUGUUGCCACGGACUUUGAUUUCGACCCUUCAUCUUUGACAGCUGGGCCUUCGGGAAGUGGGAGUGUUGAGAACCUGCCUACUUCAGGCCGCGUUAGCUUGCCAGCCAGGGUACAUGGAUAUAUAGGGCUCAGGAUUCAUAGGGAUUACAAAGGGCCAUAUAGGGUUCAGGAUUUCAGGACUCAUGUAUAG